AUGAACCAGACACCAGCAAUAGCAGCGGAUCUCGUCAACAACCCCCCGCCAGAACUCCAGCGCCUCAUGGACGACCCCAGGACAACAGACUCAGCCAGGCAGGCAGUCCAGGAGGCCGUGUCUCCCCCAACCGCUGCCGCCCAGCUCGCAGGGACAAAGGCGACCAAGAGGCUACAGGUGGUCAAUGAGAACCAAGAAUUCACCAAAGAGCUGUCGCCGUACCUUGACAAGUGGAACCUCCUCGACAAGGGCUUUGCCUACGAUGUUGUAGCCGUCUUUGGCUCCCAGUCGACUGGAAAGUCUACCCUUUUGAACCGCUUGUUCGGCACGACUUUCGACGUUAUGGACGAAACUCAGCGUCAGCAGACGACCAAGGGUAUCUGGAUGUGCCCCUCAGAGUACAGCAGUGCGCUCGUUAUGGAUGUAGAAGGAACGGACGGACGGGAGAGGGGAGAAGACCAAGAUUUUGAAAGGAAGAGUGCACUGUUCAGUCUGGCCAGCACAGAGGUGCUUCUGGUCAAUCUCUGGGAACACCAGAUCGGUCUGUACAAUGGUGCCAAUAUGGGCCUUUUGAAGACUGUAUUCGAGGUCAAUCUUGGCCUGUUUGGCGGACUGACUGUAUGCAGGCCGCAAGAAAAGACCCUCAUUCUUUUCGUCAUCCGUGACCAUGUGGGAGCCACCCCUCUCGCCAACCUCACUGCCACCCUCGCCCAAGAUAUGGAGCGCAUAUGGGCAUCCAUCUCCAAACCCACCCACCUCGCCGACGCGACGCUCGAGUCGUAUUUCGACUUGUCGUUUGCCGCUCUGCCGCACAAGAUCUUGAUGCCCGACAAGUUUGAGGAGAGUGUGGUAGAGUUGAGGAAGCGGUUCACGGAUAGGACCAGGGAGGACUAUGUUUUCCAGCCUGCGUACCACAAGAGAAUCCCCGCUGACGGUGUGGCGUUCUACAUGGAAGGCAUCUGGCAACAAGUACUCACCAACAAAGACCUUGACCUGCCCACCCAGCAAGAGCUUCUCGCUCAGUUCCGAUGCGACGAAAUUGCCAGCGUGGUCACUGAAGCUUUCCUCGCAAGCAGCAAGAUUGUCCGCCGUCCUGUCGAGUCCGGUUCUGUGGUCGAGGGUCUCGGAGCUCUCAUGCGCGACUGGCUCAACACUGCUCUCGGCAAAUUCGACCGCGACGCCUCCCGUUACCACGCCUCGGUAUACCAACGCAAACGGCUGGACCUCCUCUCUUCCCUCCACACUUCUCUUUCCCCUCUUUUCCUCGGCCAACUCAAGAAUGUCCACAAGACCGAGACGGCGAGGUUCUCAAAGGACAUUGUGAAGGGUGUGAAGGAGCCUGGGUAUGAUUUCAGAGAGGUUGUGGAGGAGGGAAAGCUUAGGGCUAGGGAAAGAUUCUUGGAAGGGGCGAGGGAGGUCAAGGUUGAGGAGACUGACUGGGAGUUUGAGCAUGAGCUGGCGUUGUUGGAUGAGGAUCUCAAAAUCAUCGCCGACAAAUGUCGAGCUGAUGAGACCAAGAAGAUGGUCAAUCUUAUCGAGAGGAAUGUCAAGAGACAGUUGCUGGAGCCUGUGGAGGUGGCUUUGAGCCAGCCGUCUGCGACCAUGUGGGAUACUGUCUUACAGACGUACAAGGAAGUGUCCGAGACUGCCGAGAAAGCGUAUCUAGCCAAGGCAAAGAGCUACAACUGCAGCGAGGAAGAAAACGUUACUGCACUUGCCUCUCUCAAGGCUCGGACCUGGCUCGCCCUUCGCCGCAAGCUGGAAGACCAAACCUCAGACGCAACCAUCUCUGCCACUCUCCGCGCCAAAUUCGAAGACAACUUCCGAUACGACGAGGCCGGUGUCCCGAGGGUCUGGAAACCCGAGGACGACAUUGACAGUGCUUUCAAAAAGGCCAAAGACGACACACUUGAGCUCUUACCGUUGUUUGCUGUGGUCUCGCCCACAGAUCCCGAGCUCGUCCCCGAGCUGCCUGUGCCAGAACCUUCCUUCGACCUCGAAUCCGACCCCUCACCCUUCGACCCCUCCACCGCGUUUACCCUCUUGUCACCCACCAAAGUACUCGCUGUGGAGUCUCGUUUCAAGCGCGAAGCCGACGCGGCAUAUGUGGAGGCCAAGAGAAGUAUGGUGAGCAGCGUGGCGCAGAUCCCGGUUUGGAUGUAUGGUGUGCUGGUGGUGCUUGGGUGGAACGAGGCUAUGGCGGUGCUGUUCAAUCCGUUGUAUUUCGCCAUGAUGCUGGUCUUGGCCGCUUCGGGAUACAUUAUCCUCCAGCUCGGCCUCGCUGGACCCAUUCUUCAAAUUACGCGCACAGUCUUUACAGAAGUCAAGACUAUAGCUACCAACAAGCUGAGAGAAGCCUUUGCGGAAGUCCCAGAGGCGCAGCGUAUCUUGGCUGAUCCUGUGCCAGCCUCUGCUGCCUCUCAAAGGGAAAGGGAGAGAGAUGGGGACUUGGUCAGGGGGGAGAUUGUGGAAAAGUAG